UUGCAGGAGAGCACAUACAGUCACUGUGCUUUUCAUUCUCACCUGCGUGUUGGUCUAUGUCACUCUGUUGGAGGAGACACCCCAGGAUACAACGUACAACACUAAAAGGUCAGCCAUUCGGUUACGCACGCACAAUGUCUCUCCCAUGACGUCUUAUAUAUUCAUGCAGCACACUACAAAACACAUUCACUUAGUCACGACUGCUUGUGUGAAAUGAAUCACUUCCACCUCCAACAGCCAGUCACCUUCAGCCCAGCUGGCAUGUAGCACAGUCAGCACAUAGACUAUUAGGUUCCUCCUUUAUUUUUAUAGGUUUAACUGUUCCAUUCUUGAGCACUUUUGAAAUGUCAAAAUAUAUAUUGUACAGUAAGACGUGCUGAACUCUUACUAAGUUAUGUAGCGUAAAGAUGCUUUAGAUGCUGUGAAGCCUAGUAGAAAUCUGACUUUUAUGAAAGAGAUGGCCAGCACUUCAGCAAAUCGGCUGAUUGAGAAUACAUCUAAGAUUGCCAGGCAUAGAUAUAAUGUAGGAAAAAGCUAGGUAUUGACUAAUGGAUGCUUUGGAGGGCAGAGGACUGUUUCUAUUCCCCCCCCCCCCCCGCUUUGGUACUAGUCAUAAACAUACAUUAGAGUCCCAAAAUUUACUAAAAAGUAUAAGUAAGAUAACUUUAAGAACCUUUUGAGCCUUUGCAUGAUCUUAAGCCAUUUCAGUGAGUUUUGCGAGCAGAGGAAUUUGGCAGCAUUGGGGAGUCUUCAGACGGAGGAAGUGUGUUUGCGUGCUUGUUUGUGUGUGUAGUAUGUGUGCGGGCGUUACUUAGGAAGGAGUUAACAGGAAUAGCUGGGCGGGGGUUGUCUGUACUGACAAUCUGACGGUCAUUAACGGGAUUUGCCAUGGUCAGCGAGGCCCAGCUGGCCUGGGAGAUUAGAGCCCACAACAACUUCUUCCCCCGGGUCACAACCAACGGCACUGCCCUACUGCCUGCCUGGCUGAAUGCCUUCACCUGAAUGUACUAAUCCCCUGGGGGUGGUUGUCUAACUCACCUUGGCUUUCUUACCUGAUCGCCUCUGUCAUGUGCACUGAUCAGAAAGGACAUGAUAGGUUAAAGCACACAUGCCCUCAUAGGCGUAAUGCAGUUUGCUAUAUUGUUUUUGUCGAUCCAGGUCUCUCAGAUGGGUGUGGUGAAAGGAGAGGAGGCCGUGUAGAUUGAGAUGCAACCCUGUAGACCUUUUAGCUAGCAUGCCACAUAUACUCAGCGUGCCUGGGCCCUGACCUUAACUUGCACAUUGGUCAAAUAAUUAUCAUAUUUCAAUGCAAACCAUGAAUUCCAGUCCAUGUACACUGCUCAAAAAAAUUAAGGGAACACUUAAACAACACAAUGUAACUCCAAGUCAAUCACACUUCUGUGAAAUCAAACUGUCCACUUAGGAAGCAACACUGAUUGACAAUACAUUUCACAUGCUGUUGUGCAAAUGGAAUAGACAACAGGUGGACAUUUUAGGCAAUUAGCAAGACACCCCCAAUAAAGAAGUGGUUCUGCAGGUGGUGACCACAGACCACUUCUCAGUUCCUAUGCUUCCUGGCUGAUGUUUUGGUCACUUUUGAAUGCUGGCGGUGCUUUCACUCUAGUGGUAGCAUGAGACGGAGUCUACCACCCACACAAGUGGCUCAGGUAGUGCAGCUCAUCCAGGAUGGCACAUCAAUGCGAGCUGUGGCAAGAAGGUUUGCUGUGUCUGUCAGCGUAGUGUCCAGAGCAUGGAGGCGCUACCAGGGGACAGGCCAGUACAUCAGGAGAUGUGGAGGAGGCCGUAGGAGGGCAACAACCCAGCAGCAGGACCGCUACCUCCGCCUUUGUGCAAGGAGGAGCAGGAGGAGAACUGCCAGAGCCCUGCAAAAUGACCUCCAGCAGGCCACAAAUGUGCAUGUGUCUGCUCAAACGGUCAGAAACAGACUCCAUGAGGGUGGUAUGUGGGCCCGACGUCCACAGGUGGGGGUUGUGCUUACAGCCCAACACCGUGCAGGACGUUUGGCAUUUGCCAGAGAACACCAAGAUUGGCUAAUUCGCCACUGGCGCCCUGUGCUCUUCACAGAUGAAAGCAGGUUCACACUGAGCACAUGUGACAGACUUGACAGAGUCUGGAGACGCCGUGGAGAACGUUCUGCUGCCUGCAACAUCCUCCAGCAUGACCGGUUUGGCGGUGGGUCAGUCAUGGUGUGGGGUGGCAUUUCUUUGGGGGGCCGCACAGCCCUCCAUGUGCUCGCCAGAGGUAGCCUGACUGCCAUUAGAUACCGAGAUGAGAUCCUCAGACCCCUUGUGAGACCAUAUGCUGGUGCGGUUGGCCCUGGGUUCCUCCUAAUGCAAGACAAUGCUAGACCUCAUGUGGCUGGAGUGUGUCAGCAGUUCCUGCAAGAGGAAGGCAUUGAUGCUAUGGACUGGCCCGCCCGUUCCCCAGACCUGAAUCCAAUUGAGCACAUCUGGGACAUCAUGUCUCGCUCCAUCCACCAACGCCACGUUGCACCAGACUGUCCAGGAGUUGGCGGAUGCUUUAGUCCAGGUCUGGGAGGAGAUCCCUCAGGAGACCAUCCGCCACCUCAUCAGGAGCAUGCCCAAGCGUUGUAGGGAGGUCAUACAGGCACGUGGAGGCCACACACACUACUGAGCCUCAUUUUGACUUGUUUUAAGGACAUUACAUAAAAGUUGGAUCAGCCUGUAGUGUGGUUUUCCACUUUAAUUUUGAGGGUGACUCCAAAUCCAGACCUCCAUGGGUUGAUACAUUUGAUUUCCAUUGAAAAUCUUUGUGUGAUUUUGUUGUCAGCACAUUCAACUAUGUAAAGAAAAAAGUAUUUCAUAAGAUUAUUUCAUUCAUUCAGAUCUAGGAUGUUGUUUAAGUGUUCCCUUUAUUUUUUUGAGCAGUGUAUAUAGAUGUCAUAAUGUUAUAAAUGUAUAUUUUAGUCAUCCUGUAAAGAGGACUGAUCUCUAUGUGAGUUUAUCAUUAGUUGUUCUAAUUACUUAAGUCUGCUUAUGUUUUCUACCAGAGGGAUUGUGGCCAGCAUCCUAGUGUUCCUCUGCUUUGGAGUGACACAAGCCAAAGAUGGCCCAUUCACCAGACCACAUCCAGGUAACACAACCUCCACCCGCAGUGCAAAUACUCUUCACAUUUCAGCUUCUUUGUGCUCUUGUACUUCAGUUAACACAAGCCUGCCAGUCCAGCCUCUUGCUACGUAGGCUAAGUGCAUUGACACAUUAAAUGGGACUCACUCACAGAAUAACUACAUCCUGUCCAAAGAAGAGACACUGCCAGUGCUAAAAGUUAGUGAGUCAAUUUGCAGUCGCUCUUACACCUUGAAAGAAGAAAAGAGGGAGAUAAUACAUUUGCGAAACCGAAAUGCGGCAUCCCUAUAAGAAUUCUUCCCAAGGUAUGGCCUGCGGUGAAUCACUGCUUUUAAAGGGGGUGUUGCAGCAGCACUGUGUACAUGUCAAACAUAUAAAAAGUUGUCAACCGCCGGGGAAAGCACAGGCGUUAAGUCAAACUCUGUAAUGGAGUAUUGAUCCCCUGUCUGUUCUUCUUCCUUUGGAAAUGUCUUUAGUGGGGAGAGACAGAAUGCAUGUCUGCUUUUAGAUCAAUAUAGAUGUUUGGAGGCACAGCAAUGGAGUGGGCCAUGAAGACUAUCCCGACUGUGUGUGAAAUACAUACAGAUUACAUACACUGCAUCAGAUAACAUUACAUCCGCCAAACCCAGAUUAGUCCAUCGGACUGCCAGAUGGUGAAGCGUGAUUCGUCACUCCAGAGAACGCAUUUCCACUGCUCCAGAGCUUUACACCACUCCAGCCAACACUUGGCAUUACGCAUGGUGAUGUUAGGCUUGUGUGUGGCUGCUUGGCUAUGGAAACCCAUUUCAUUAAGCUCCCGACAAACAGUUAUUGUGCUGACGUUGCUUCCAGAGGCAGUUUGGAACUUGGUAGUGAGUGUUGCAACCGAGGACAGACGAUUUUUACGUGCUUCGGGACUCGGCGGUCCCGUUCUGUGAGCUUGUGUAACUUACCACUUCGCCGCUGAGCUGUUGUUGCUCCUAGACGUUUCCACUUCACAUUAACAGCACUUACAGUUGACCGGGGCAGCUCUAGCAGGGCAGAAAUUUGACGAACUGACUUGUUGGAAAGGUGGCAAGCUAUGACGGUGCCACGUUAAAAGUCAAUGGGCUCUUCAGUAAGGCCAAUGUUUUUCUAUGGAGAUUGCAUGGCUGUGUGCUCGAUUUUAUACACCUGUCCGCAACGGGUGUGGCUGAAAUAGCCAAAUCCACUAAUUUGAAGGGGUGUUCACAUACUUUUGUGUAUAUACAGUGCAUUCGGAAAGUAUUCAGACCCCUUGACUUUCUCCACAUUUUGUUACGUUAUGGCCUUAUUCUAAAAUUGAUUAAAUUGUUUUUUUCCCCCUCAUCAAUCUACACACAAUACCCCAUAAAGACAAAGCAAAAACAGGUUUUUAGAAAUGUUAAGUUUCUUCAAGUGCAGUCGCAAAAACCAUCAAGCGCUAUGAUGAAACUGGUUCUCAUGAGGACUGCCACAGGAGUUACCUCUGCUGCAGAGGAUAAGUUCAUUAGAGUUACCAGCCUCAGAAAUCAGCAAUUAACUGCACCUCAGAAUGCUGCCCAAAAUAAAUGCUUCACAGAGUUCAAGUAACAGACACAGCUCAACAUCAACUGUUCAGAGGAGACUGUGUGAAUCAGGCCUUCAUGGUCGAAUUGCUGCAAAGAAACCACUCCUAAAGGACACCAAUUAGAAGAAGAGACUUGCUUGGGCCAAGAAACACGAGCAAUGGACAUUUAAACCGGUGGAAAUCUGUCCUUUGGUCUGAUGAGUCCAAAUGUGAGAUUUUUGGUUCCAACCUCCGUGUCUUGAUGAGACGCAGAGUAUGUGAAUGGAUCUCCGCAUGUGUGGUUCCCACCGUGAAGCAUGGAGGAGGUGGUGUGAUGGUGUGCUCAGCAUAUGUGGGAACUCCUUCAAGACUGUUGGAAAAGCAUUCCUCAUGAAGCUGCUUGAGAGAAUACCAAGAGUGUGCAGAGCUGUCAUCAAGGCAAAGGGUGGCUACUUUCAAUAAUUUAAAAUAUAAAAUAUAAUUUCAUUUUUUUAACACUUUAUGGUUACUACAUGAUUCCAUAUGUGUUAAUUUAUAGUUUUUUUGUAUUCGCUAUUAUUCUACAAUGUAGAAAAUAGUACAAAUAAAGAAAAACCCUUGAAUGAGUAGGUGUGUCCAAACCUUUGACAGGUACAGUAUGUAUUCAGACCCUUUACUCAGUACUUUGUUGAAGCACCUUUGGCAGCGAUUACAGCCUCGAGUCUUCUUGGGUAUGAAGCUACAAGCUUUGCACACCUGUAUUUGGGUAGUUUCUCCCAUUCUUCUCUGCAGAUCCUCUGAAGCUCUGUCAGGUUGGAUGGGGCACGUCGCUGCACAGCUAUUUUCAGGUCUCUCCAGAGAUGUUAGAUCCGGUUCAAGUCCAGGCUCUGGCUGGGCCACUCAAGGACAUUCAGAGACUUGUCCCGCAGCCACCCCUGCGUUGUAUUGGCUGUGUGCUAAGGGUCAUUGUCCUGUUGGAAGGUGAACCUUCGCCCCAGUCUUAGGUCCUGAGCGCUCUGGAUCAAGUUUUCGUCAAGGAUCUCUCUGUACUCUGCUCUGUUCAUCUUUCCCUCGAUCCUGACUAGUCUCCCAGUCCCUGCUGCUGAAAAAAAUCCCCACAGCAUGAUGCUGCCACCGCCGUGCUUCACUGUAGGGAUGGUGCCAGGUUUCCUCCAGACUUGACGCUUGUUAGAGUGGCCAGACAGAAGCCACUCUUCAGUAAAAGGCACAUGACAGCCCGCUUGGAGUUGGCAAAAUGCACCUGAAACGAUUCUCAGACCAUGAGAAACAAGAUUGAACUCUCCAAAUACAGGUGUGCCAGGCUUGUAGCGUCAUACCCAAGAAGACUCCAGGCUGUAAUCGCUGCCAAAGGUGAUUCAACAAAGUACUGAGUAAAGGUUCUGAAUACUUUUGUAAAUGUGAUAUUUCAGUUUUUUGUUUAGUAAAAUUGUGUAAAAACCUGUUUUUGCUUUGUCAUUAUGGGGUAUUGUGUGUAGAUUGAAAAAAAACCAAUAAUUUAAUCCAUUAGAGUAAGGCUGUAACGUCACAAAAUGUGGAAAAAGUGAAGGGGUCUGAUCCUUUCCGAAUGCACUGUAUGUUUGAAAUUCACUGCUCGACUGCGGCACCUUACAAUUAUCUGUAUGUGUGGGGUACAGAGAUGAGGUACUCAUUAAAACAAUCAUAUUUAACACUAUUGCACACAGUGAAUCCAUCAAACUUAUUAUGUGACUUGUUAAACACAUUUUUACUCCUAAACGCAUUGAGGCUUGCCAUAACAAAGGGUUUUAUACUUAUUGACUGAACAUUUCAGCUUGAAUUUUUUUGACAUUCAUGGGGUAUUGUCAAAAAAUCUGUAACCCAACAAAAAAUGGGACAAAUCAUGUUGUGUGAAUACUUUCUGAAGGCCCUGUAUUAGAGUUUGAAUCCCUUAUCCAUUACUGGAAGCAGAGUACUUCAAAGCACCAAUGUAAUGCCUUAAUCUGAGCUCUCACUGCACUGCCAGUGGAAUGUCUACAGUGCUAGGAGUUCACAUCAAUGGGACCAGUCAGAGCCCGUUUCUCAACCCCUUUUUCUGUGUAUGAUCACCGUGUAUGAUGGAUUUAGCCACAGUUUAGCAUUUUAGAUAGCGAUCAGCAGUACCUCUGUUUGUUUGCACAGCACAUUUCUCAUCCUUUAACAUAGACUGAUCCGUUCAUACUGUAGUCAAGGAGCCUUCAGAUAAGCUUUAUUUUCAAUCAACAGUUGGAAUUUUGUGGAUGUUUAUCAGAACCUCUUAGAUUCUCAGAAUGGGUCAUUUUAACCCGAUGACUCUUAUCCAAAUUCUACAACACCAUCUUGCCUCUUCAGAUAGUCCUGAGCAGAGUAGGUGAGAUCAAAUAGUUUGCAGGCCGAGCUAGGUCUUGCCUCCAGAUCGGCAAGGAAAAUUUAAAGCAGCAGUUUCAUAGGAGACAGACGACUUCCUUUUAUCAGGGAAGUGUGCAUAAAGCCCAUGUGAAUGCACUGUUGGUGACAGGUUCCUUAGGGCCAUGAAAUGACUCAGUCACAACCAUAGUAGGAUUCCUAGUGAGGGAGAGGAGAGCAGAUGCUUGACUGCAAGUCUUUUGGGGAACAGGAGGCAUUUUGAUAAUGCGAGCUAUCUCAAGUUUCCAGUUUUGUCGUGCACACGUGCAGUUAAAUGCCUUUCUUGCAAGCUGUUUCCCAAAAAUGCAGUUAUCAAUAUCAGUAGUACUAUAAAAUAAAGUAAAGUCGAACAAAAAUCCACAAGAAAUCUAAAUGAGAAGAACACGAUUAAGUAAGUAAGCUAUAUACAGGUUCAGUUCCAGGGUCGAUACCAAUAACAUAUUUCCAAUGUGCAGGGCUACUGGAGUGGUAAGUUAGAUAUGUAUACGGUAAGGUGACUAGGCAUCAGGAUAUAUGAUAAACAGAGUAGCAGCAGCAUAUAUGAUGAUUGUAUGUGAGUGUGUGUGUGUGUGUGUAGAGUCAGUAUGCAUGUGUGUGCGUGUUGUGUGAGCAAAUGAAGUGUGUGUGGUCAAUGCAGAUAGUCCGUUUAGCCAUUUUGUUAGCUAUUUAAGCUAUGCAAACACGACGACACUUGUCAUGCUUCAAAACAGACAAUGCAUGCUGUGCAGUAAUAUUGCCUUGCGGUCCUUAUUAGUGACUGAGUUUUGUGGUUAUUUACUAUUUUCCGUUAACCGUCUAGAGUCGAAUGACUCACCAGUGCGUCAAUCUAAGUUACAUAACAAAAAAAUCCCCAUAAAAAUCUGUCAGUUUUAAACUGAAGAUAUUUUUUUUGCAUUGGAUGAGUCUCAAUCUACCACAUCUGCCAGUGUCGCACUUCUGCAUCUGUGGUGAGACAUCCCGAAAAUCGGUCUUCUCACAAAUGUCUGUAGCGUCCGAACAGUUUGACCUACAAAACUAUUAUGCUGUAUGGGGAGACUCUCACGAACACAAUGGUGUCCUCCGUUUUGCUCUAUGACCCCCACAAGUGUCACGGGAUUCAUCUGAAGGUAACCGGUUUAAAAAAAACAAAUGGCAGUAUGAAGGCAGUUUUGUGUAAAAAAACAUAUGUGUAUAUACUUCUCCUAGAUUUAGGACAGACACUUAAAAACCUGGUUUCUUAUGAUACAUUUUUGGACUGUCCUUUUUGCCAUUUAUGAAUGUGUUUCUAUGGCUUUAGUAGUAAAGGCCAAAAUCUAUAUUUUAUCAAAACGGGGGGUCCUAAAAUUCCAAAUCAAAGAGCUAAAUAAUCGAUAGUAUGACCAUCUUAAAACAAUUCUAUAUGUUAGCUUAGCACUCCCCCUCCCCCAACGUCUUAGACUCUAAAUAAUUAACAAGGAAAGCACUGUGUGUGAAGUUCCAGGAAUGCUUAGCAACUGUAGAUUAUGCUAAAAUGAUCAUCUUUGUGUUCUCUCUUUUUCUCUCCAGCAUACUGGCGCUUCUGGCUUUGUGUCUCUGUUGUCUACGAGUUAUUCCUUAUAUUUGUGCUGUUCCAGGUGGGUCGAUUGCACCAACACACACUAGAGCACUGAAUUGUUUGUGCUAUUAUAGCUGCAAUAGAUCUGUCGUUCGAAUGAAGAAUCACUCCAAUCAGCUUUGAAAUACAGAGCCAAGUUCUCUCUGGGAGCACUGACAACUAGAUCUAUUUAGGAAAGAUGGACAAUCAAAAGGAAAAGGAUCAACGACAUGAUUAGAUGCAGAAUGGAUCUGAAGGGACUUGAAGGGAAUGAAACAAAACACGUCUUUGAGAAACUAGUUAACUUCUCAAUGUACAUAUGUUCAAAGUAUACUGAACUAAAAUAUAAACGCAACAUGCAGCAAUUUCAACGAUUUUACUGAGUUACAGUUCAUAUAAGGAAAUCAGUCAAUUGUAAUAAAUAAAUUAGGCCCUAAUCUAUGGAUUUCACAUGACUGGGCAGGGCUGCAGCCAUGGGUGGGCCUGGGAGGGCAUAGACCAGGAGGGCAUAGCCCCACCCACGUGUGAGCCAAGCCCAUCCACUGGGGAGCCAGGUCCAUCCAAUCAGAAUGACUGGUCUCAGACGAUCCCGCAGGUGAAGAAGCUGGGCUGGCGUGGUUACACGUGGUCUGCGGUUGUGAGGCCGGUUGGACGUACUGCCAAAUUCUCUGAAACGACAUUGGAGGCAGCUUAUGGCAGAGAAAUGGACAAUCAAUUUUCUGGCAACAGCUCUGGUGGACAUUUCUGCAGUCAGCAUGCAAAUUGCACGCUCCCUCAAAACUUGAGACAUCUGUGGCAUUGUGUUGUGUGACAAAACUGCACAUUUUAGAGUUGCCUUUUGUCCCCAGCACAAGGUGCACCUGUGUAAUGAUCAAGCUUCUUGAUAUGCCACACCUGUCAUGUGGAUGGAUUAUCUUGGCAAAGGAGAAGUGCUCACUAACAGGGAUGUAAACAAAUUUGUGCACAAAAUUUGAGCAUUUUGUGUGAAUGGAAAAUGUCUGGGAUCUUUUAUUUCAGCUCAUGAUAUAUGGGACCAACAUGUUGCUUUUAUAUUUUUGUUCAGCAUACAUACAGACAAGUACAUAUAGACAAAGCACUAAGUAGUAUAUAUUUUUGUAUGUUUAAUUUGCCCUCAUUCAUUAGACGGUCCAUGACGGCAGACAGUUUAUGAAGUACAUUGACCCCAAACUGGGGGUAGCCUUGCCGGAGAGGGACUAUGGCGGCAACUGCCUCAUAUACGACCCGGGGAACACCACCGACCCCUGGCAUAACAUCUGGGUAAGACACGCAUGCGCGCACACAUUAACCUGUAGCAUCAGGAGACCACCGCAAUGGUGGCACUUGCAGGAGCUGUGACACUAAAGACUUCUCUCUCGCUUUGUCUCUCGCGUUCUCUCUCUCGCUUUCUCGGGCACUCUCUCGGUGUCUCUCGCUCUUUCUCUGGCCGUCUGCGAGGCUCUUGACUGGAUGCUUAGACCGGGACGGAGUUUUAAAGUACUUCACUCAGGGCUCCAACAGACUGCCCUAGUGGACUGUACACUCCAAAAUGCUGGCGUUCUGUGGGCUUGUUAAUUUUGUAACCAUAAAUUACACUAAUUAAUCACUGUAAUUUCCACAUAUAUUUCAAACCACUGUUGUUCCUCGUCAAACAAGGUUCUCAGUUCUCUGUUAACAUGGUUGUAAAAGGGCCGUCCCAAAGGUCACUGUUGACUGUAGGUCGCUGUUGGUUGUAGAUUCCACCAUAAAUGCUGAAAUGCAAUUGUAACAAUUGCUUAACACUAUGGGCUACUGUAUGUUUAAGCUUAAACUCUAUUGGACCAGUUAGGUUUGCUACUGGAGUAGUAGGGAGAAUUGAAAACCGCACAACUGAAUAAUUUAGGAAAAGAAUGCCGGCAAAAAAUUAUUACAAAAAAAGAAUCACCUUGAGUAAAUAUUGAUGUGAAAUGUGUACAAUGAGCUCAAUAUGAAUUCAAUACAUCAACAGUACAAUAGACUUAGAUAUCGGCCAUAUAUCCCGCCUAUAGUUUACUAGGGUGCACCCAACUCUAUUUUAAUCUGAGGGUAUCUCAGCUUUCAAAGUUCAAUACAAAUACAAUAAACAUGAGUCUACAGAAAAACACAACCCAAUUCACAAAUACUGACUUAUAAACCACUAUGAGAUGGAAUCAAAUGUGAGUGACUGUGCAUAUCAAUAAACACUGUAAUGUGUUUAAAUGUGGUAUGUGCUUAUGACAGUUCAACUGCAAUGUAUGGUGCUAUGAUGUCUUGCAACAAAGACUCCUACCACACUGUGGUAUGGCAGUGCAAAUUCAGUAUCCUCCAAGGAAAAGGAAAAAUAAAUAUUUGCAUGCAAAUCUUCUUACGGAUGUCCUGGGUUCGGGCAGCUCGCUAUCCUUGGUGGAACUGAAUCCAUACUUAAACCUGACCUGUUAUACAAACAGGAUCACAGAAUAUAUAUACAGUGGGGAGAACAAGUAUUUGAUACACUGCCGAUUUUGCAGGGUUUCCUACUUACAAAGCAUGUAGAGGUCUGUAAUUUUUAUCAUAGGUACACUGCAACUGUGAGAGACGGAAUCUAAAACAAAAAUUCAGAAAAUCACAUUGUAUGAUUUUUAAGUAAUUAAUUUGCAUUUUAUUGCAUGACAUAAGUAUUUGAUACAUCAGAACAGCAGAACUUAAUAUUUGGUACAGAAACCUUUGUUUGCAAUUACAGAGAUCAUACGUUUCCUGUAGGUCUUGACCAGGUUUGCACACACUGCAGCAGGGAUUUUGGCCCACUCCUCCAAACAGACCUUCUCCAGAUCCUUCAGGUUUCGGGGCUCUCGCUGGGCAAUACGGACUUUCAGCUCCCUCCAAAGAUUUUCUAUUGGGUUCAGGUCUGGAGACUGGCUAGGCCACUCCAGGACCUUGAGAUGCGUCUCACUCCUUAGUUGCCCUGGCUGUGUGUUUCGGGUCGUUGUCAUGCUGGAAGACCCAGCCACGACCCAUCUUCAAUGCUCUCACUGAGGGAAGGAGGUUGUUGGCCAAGAUCUCGCGAUACAUGGCCCCAUCCAUCCUCCCCUCUAUACGGUGCAGUCGUCCUGUCCCCUUUGCAGAAAAGCAUCCCCAAAGAAUGAUGUUUCCACCUCCAUGCUUCACGGUUGGGAUGGUGUUCUUGGGGUUGUACUCAUCCUUCUUCUUCCUCCAAACACAGCGAGUGGAGUUUAGACCAAAAAGCUCUAUUUUUGUCUCAUCAGACCACAUGACCUUCUCCCAUUCCUCCUCUGGAUCAUCCAGAUGGUCAUUGGCAAACUUCAGACGGGCCUGGACAUGCGCUGGCUUGAGCAGGGGGACCUUGCGUGCGCUGCAGGAUUUUAAUCCAUGACGGCGUAGUGUGUUACUAAUGGUUUUCUUUGAGACUGUGGUCCCAGCUCUGCCGUGUAGUUCUGGGCUGAUCCCUCACCUUCCUCAUGAUCAUUGAUGCCCCACGAGGUGAGAUCUUGCAUGGAGCCCCAGACCGAGGGUGAUUGACCGUCAUCUUGAACUUAUUCCAUUUUCUAAUAAUUGCGCCAACAGUUGUUGCCUUCUCACCAAGCUGCUUGCCUAUUGUCCUGUAGCCCAUCCCAGCCUUGUGCAGGUCUACAAUUUUAUCCCUGAUGUCCUUACACAGCUCUCUGGUCUUGGUCAUUGUGGAGAGGUUGGAGUCUGUUUGAUUGAGUGUGUGGACAGGUGUCUUUUAUACAGGUAACGAGUUCAAACAGGUGCAGUCAAUACAGGUAAUGAGUGGAGAACAGGAGGGCUUCUUAAAGAAAAACUAACAGGUCUGUGAGAGACGGAAUUCUUACUGGUUGGUAGGUGAUCAAAUACUUAUGUCAUGCAAUAAAAUGCAAAUUAAUUAAUUAAAAAUCAUACAAUGUGAUUUUCUGGGUUUUUGUUUUAGAUUCCGUCUCUCACAGUUGAAGUGUACCUAUGAUAAAAAUGACAGACCUCUACAUGCUUUGUAAGUAGGAAAACCUGCAAAAUCGGCAGUGUAUCAAAUACUUGUUCUCCCCACUGUAUACCAUGAGUACCUUUCAUAUAAACAUUAAUAUAGCUCUUAGCUUUAAUCUCUUACAGGAAUAAGAAAAUAAAACUUAGUCAAAAUGCUUUACACUUUAACUACAGCACCAGGCUCACGUGGACUGAACAAUAGACUAGCCUGGGCAAAUGGAAAUUACUAGUGCUUACACCAUUUCUUAUAAAGUAAUCUAAAACAUAACUGUGUACCAAAAUAUAUUAUGAUAAUAGCUAAUCACAUUUUAUAAAAGUAUGAAAACUAAAAUAGUUCGCCAUGCAUGAUUAGCAUGAUCACUAACGUUUGCUAUUUCAAUUGAUCGAUAGCUGAGCUAGCCUAAAUGUUAACGGCUUGUGCGUAUGCUUGGUUCAGUAUGAACACGCACAAAAUGCUAGCAAUAGCUUAGCUAGCCUAAUCGCUAGCGGCUCGUUCUCCUUUUGAAAACUCACCAAAUCCUGCCGUCAAUCUUUCCCUCAACCCCUUCACAGCACGUUCGGAUAGAUAAGUGAGCUAUUAUCCGUUUUUUUUUUUUUUUUUAGUUCAGUAUUAUACAACUUCUCACAACGAUUUGAAACUUAUUUUUUCUUCGAUAGAAUGGCGGUAUCUCUUCACGUUCCGUUCUAGCUCAUUUUUAACAUGUUGGCGUCCACUGGUGUAGAAUGUGUGGUUAGGAGAGGGACUAAGAUAUAAUAUUUUGUUUUGAUUGGCUCAACAUAAACUGCUCGUCAUGCAGCUUCUGAACAUAUCAUAAUAUAAUAUGAUUGGUUACUGGAAUCUCACUAGUAACGAUAAGUAUUCAACAUUAGUUGACCUGUGUUACACAAUGUUGUAGGUGUUGUCAUUAAUGAAACAUCUAUGGAAUGCACUCUUCAUGAGUGUGUCAUAUAGUCCUUGUCCAAGGUAGUCUCAUACAAUAUCAAAUGGUCAAUGAGUGGUAAGGUUAAGAAUUAUUACAAGAAUGCUGUUUUUGCAGGACAAGAUGGAUGGCUUUGUCCCCGCUCACUUUCUUGGCUGGUAUAUUAAGGUGGGUCUGAGUAGUGUACUGUAUUUUAGGCCUAUAUUUAAUACUUGAUUAAUAUUAGUACUGGAUUAAAGGUAGAGUUAGCAAUGUGACAUCAUCAUACAUCCACAACAACCGAAUUCACAUCUCCGUCUCCCUCUUCAUCUGUCAGACACUUGUGAUCAGAGACUGGUGGAUGUGUAUGAUCAUCAGUGUGAUGUUCGAGUUCCUGGAGUACAGCCUGGAGCACCAGCUCCCCAACUUCUCUGAGUGCUGGUGGGACCAUGUAUGUACCUCUUCUUCUUCUUCAUAACACACAAUUGUAACUGACAAGGAUAUUUUUGUCCACUGUUGAUUUCAGUUGAUUUCACUAUUGAUUUACAAUUUGGAUACUGGAUGUUUAGUCUGUUUUGAUACUGGGAGGCAAUUCAAAAGCAACUGACUUUAUUGAAUUUCAAGUGUUUGUCAGUAGAUGUUGAAUGUUAUGUGCAGAAAGCUUGAGUUAGGAUUUUGUCCUCAGUGAAUGCUGAAUGCCAUGUCUCUCUCUGUGAAUCCUAAAUGUCAUGUCUGUGUCUUUUCAGUGGAUAAUGGAUGUGCUGGUGUGUAAUGGCCUGGGGAUCUACGCUGGGAUGAAGACCUUAGGCUGGCUGUCUAUGAAGCCCUACCAGUGGCAGGGACUGUGGAACAUCCCCACAUACAAGUACGCUGCCCACCUCCUGGAACCUUGGUUACGCUUGGUUACGCUUGUGCACAAAGAAGUUCCAAGUCCCAACGUCAUAAGAGUUAUAGAUAUGGCCGUUGUUUACACCCUCCAUCCCUAAUAUUCUCCUAUCAAAGAGUUUGUAGUAGUAGUUUCUUAUAGAAGGUUCUCAUUUCUUAUUAGGGAUGGAUGGUGUAUGAUAUGUGUGUGUUUGUUAAUCAGGGGGAAGAUCAAGCGCAUGGCCUUCCAGUUCACACCCUACAGCUGGGUCAAGUUUGAGUGGAAGCCUGCCUCCAACCUACGCAGGUGGCUGGCUGUCCUGGGCAUCAUCUUCAUGGUGAGACUCAAUCUCUCUCUCACUGUUGCGCUCUCUAAUUUCUCUCACCUCUCUCUCGCUCUCACUUAAAUCAAAUCAAAUGUUAUUUGCCACGUGCAGAAUACAACAGGUGUAAACCAUACAGUGAAAUGCUUACUUACAAGCCCUUAACCAACAAUGCAGUUUUAAGAAAAAAAAAGUGUUAAGUUAAAAAUAAUUAAAGAGCAGCAGUAAAAUAAUAUAACAGUAGGGAGGCUAUAUACAGGGGGUACCGGUACAGAGUCAAUGUGCGGGGGCACCGGUUAGUAGAGGUAAUAGAGGUAAUAUGUACAUGUGGGUAGAGUUAAAGUGACUAUGCAUAGAUAAUAAACAGAGUAGCAGCAGCGUAAAAGAUGGGGUGGGUGGGGGGGACAAUGCAAAAGUCUGGGUAGCCAUGAUUAGCUGUUCAGGAGUCUUAUGGCUUGGGGAUUGAAGCUGUUAAGAAGCCUUUUGGACCUAGACUUGGCGCUCCGGUACCGCUUGCCAUGCGGUAGCAGAGAGAACAGUCUAUGACUAGGGUGACUGGAGUCAUGGUAUAGAGGUCCUGGAUGGCAGGAAGCUUGGCUGUGAUGUACUGGGCCGUAAGCACUACCCUCUGUAGUGCCUUGCGGUCGGAGGCCGAGCAGUUGCCAUACCAGGCGUUGAUGCAACCAGUCAGGAUGCUCUCGAUGGUGCAGCUGUAUAACUAUUUGAGGAUCUGAGGACCCAUGCCAAAUCUUUUCAGUCUCCUGAGGGGGAAUAGGCUUUGUCGUACCCUCUUCACGACUGUCUUGGUGUGUUUGGACCAUGAUAGUUUGUUGGUGAUGUGGACACCAAGGAACUUGAAGCUCUCAACCUGUUCCACUACAGCCCGGUCGAUGAGAAUGGGGUUGUGCUCAGUCCUCUUUUUUUCCCUGUACUCCACAAUAUUCUCCUUUGUCUUGAUCACGUUAAGGGAGAGGUUGUUAUCCUGGAACCACACGGCCAGGUCUCUGACCUCCUCCCUAUAGGCUGUCUCAUCGUUGUCGGUGAUCAGGCCUACCACAUUUGUGUCGUUGGCAAACUUAAUGAUGCUGUUGGAGUCGUGCCUGGCCAUGCAGUCAUGGGUGAACAGGGAGUACAGGAGGGGACUGAGCACGCACCCCUGAGGGGCCCCCCAUGUUGACGAUCAGCGUGGCAGAUGUGUUGUUACCUACCCUUACCACCUAGGGGCGGCCCGUCAGGAAGUCCAGGAUCCAGUUGCAGAGGGAGGUGUUUAGUCCCAGGGUCCUUAGCUUAGUGAUGAGUUUGAGGGCACUAUGGUGUUGAAUGCUGAGCUGUAGUCAAUGAAUAGCAUUCUCACGUAGGUGUUCCUCUUGUCCAGGUGGGAAAGGGCAGUGCAGAGUGCAAUAGAGAUAGCAUCAUCUGUGGAUCUGUUGGGGCGGUAUUCAAAUUAGUGGGUCUAGGGUUUCUGGGAUAAUGGUGUUGAUGUGAGCCAUGACCAGCCUUUCAAAGCACUUCAUGGCUACAGAUGUGAGUGCUACGGGUCGGUAGUCAUUUAGGCAGGUUAUCUUAGUGCUGUUGGGCACAGGGACUAUGGUGGUCUGCUUGAAACAUGUUGGUAUUACAGACUCAGUCAGGGACAUGUUGAAGACACUUGCCAGUUGGUCAGCGCAUGCUUGGAGUACACGUCCUGGCCCUGCGGCUUUGUGAAUGUUGACCUGCUUAAAAAUCUUACUCACAUCGGCUACGGAGAGCGUGAUCACAUAGUCAUCCGGAACAGCUGAUGCUCUCAUGCAUGCUUCAGUGUUGCUUGCCUCGAAGCGAGCAUAGAAGUGAUUUAGUUCGUCUGGUAGGCUCGUGUCACUGGGCAGCUUGCGGCUGUGCUUCCCUUUUGUAGUCUGUAAUAGUUUGCAAGCCCUGCCACAUCCGACGAGCGUCGGAGCCGGUGUAGUACUCUCUCUGUCGACUGUCUGUCUGUCUAUGUCGCUCUCUCACCCCCUCACACUAAUCUCUGUCGCUUGCCUCUCCACUCUCUCUCGCCCUCUGUUAGUUCCUGCUGGCGGAGCUGAACACCUUCUACCUGAAGUUUGUGCUGUGGAUGCCCCCGGAGCACUACCUGGUGUUGCUUCGCCUCGUCUUCUUCGUCAACGUGGGCGGCGUGGCCAUGAGGGAGAUAUACGACUUCAUGGACGACCCGUGAGUAUUAGUAACACUGUGUGUAUCGUGUACAGUGUGUCAUUACAACUGACUAGGUAUCCCCCUUUCCCUUUCUAGCCAUUAAAUCCCCCGUCUCUCCCCCUUCCUCCCUCAGGAAGUUCUAUAGGAAGCUGGGGCAGCAGGCGUGGCUGGUGGCGGCCAUCACCGUGACCGAGUUCCUCAUCGUGGUCAAAUACGAUCCCAGGACCAUCAUGCUGCCCAUCCCCUUCUUCGUCACCCAGUGCUGGUUCCUGGGCAUCGUCCUCAUCCUCACCUGGACAUUGUGGCGCUUCUUCAUCCGGUAA